AUGGCUGAAGCACAUGAAGCUGUUGCAUUUCAAUUUACAGUAGGCGCUGAAGGUGUGAGUGUCAAUGUUAGUUAUGAUGUAUUCAAAGCUUUGGUCUAUGCUGGUUUACGUUCUUGGAAACUUCGUUGCCGUCGCACAAUGAAUUCUUUAUAUAAUUCAAUAUACCCGGGUCAUCCAGCCCGUGGUAUUGCUUGGUGUGGUAUGAUUUAUAUUUUGGAUACCAAAGGUCGCGAUCCUUCCAAUGGUUUAAUUGAUUGGCUUAAUUCAAAUAUAUUCAGUCGAUAUUGUGCACCAGAUAAUUCACGUACUUUUGCCUGUCUGGUUUUCGGAAGUGGUACAUAUGUAGUUUUAAUCCAAAUUCGACAAUAUAUAUUAAAAAACUUGUUUUCUUAUCAUGGCUGGAUGUAUCAAGAACAUGGUAAAAUGUCAGGAAUAGGUCCAAAAGUAUGGGGUGGUUUAGUUAAAUUAUUCAUUGGACGAAAUCCAUCAUUGUAUUCUUAUCAAAGUGUAUUACCAACAUUACCAUUACCAAAUUUAGAUGAUACAUUACGAAGAUAUUUACGAACUAUUCGCCCACUUUGUGAUGAUACUGAAUAUCGUCGUAUGGAAGUAUUAGCUGAAGAUUUUCGAAGAACAAUAGGAAAAAAAUUGCAAAGAUAUCUAUGGUUAAAAUGGCUAAUAUCAACAAAUUAUGUAUCUGAUUGGUGGGAGAAAUUUGUUUAUUUACGUGGUCGAUCACCCAUAAUGGUGAACAGUAAUUUCUAUGGUCUUGAUGCUGCCUAUAUUAGGCCAACAACAAUUCAAACGGCACGUGGAGCCAAUGUUGUUUGUGCUGCAUUUCAAUAUCGUAGUGAACUCGAUCAUCAAGAAACUAAACCACUAAUGGUACAAAAAAUAAUUCCACUGUGUUCGAGUCAAUAUGAGCGUCAAUUCAAUACAGUGCGCAUAGCUGGAAAAGAAUCAGAUAAAAUUAUUCAUUAUUCGGAUAGUCAUCAUAUUGCUGUUUAUCAUAAAGGUCGUUGGUUUAAAGUUUUCAUGUAUUAUCAAAAUAAUUUACUUCAACCAUGUGAACUUCAACUUCAAUUGGAUGAAAUCGUUCGAGAUACAACACCACCAGAUUAUGGUGAAGAGCAUUUAGCAGCAUUGACAGCUGGUGAACGUACAUUAUGGGCUGAAGCUCGCGAAAAAUAUUUUCUGAGCGGUGCUAAUCGUGGAUCAUUAGAAGCUAUUGAAAAGGCAGCAUUUGUACUUAUUUUGGAUGAUGAUGAAUUUGAUAUAGGAGUGUUAAAUGAUCAUGCAUCCAUAAAUGAUGAGAAAGCUGAAGAUCGAUAUGAUACUUAUGCAAAUGCUAUGCUUCAUGGAAAAGCGUAUAAUCGUUGGUUUGAUAAAUCAUUUUCCUUCAUUAUUAGCAAGAACGCAGUGGUUGGUCUUAACGUAGAACAUAGUUGGGCUGAUGCUCCCAUUUCUGGUCAAUUAUAUGAGUAUGCUAUUUCAGAAGAUAUUAUGAACUUUGGUUACGAUGAAGUUGGUAAUACACGUGGUACACCACGUUUUACUGCUCUCAAGCCAAUUAAACUCAAAUGGUCGAUACCAGAGGGUUGCAAUGAUAUGAUUGAAACAAGUCUUGUUCAAGCAACAAAAUUAUACGAUGAUGUCGAUCUUCAUGUUUGUGUUCAUGAUGCUUAUGGAAAAAAUUUCAUGAAAAAAUGUAACUUAUCACCUGAUGCUUAUAUUCAAAUGGUACUUCAAUUGGCUCAUUAUCGAGAUUCGGGUCGAUUUCAUUUAACAUACGAAGCAUCAAUGACACGAUUAUUUCGUGAUGGUCGAACUGAAACUGUUCGUUCAUGUUCAAUUGAAUCAAGCGAAUGGGUUAAAGCAAUGGAUGAUCCAACAGUCUCGAAAAGCGAACGUGUUAAAUUACUUCGUCAUGCUUGUGAUUAUCAUCAACAACAAUAUCGUGAUGCAAUGACUGGCAAAGGAAUUGAUCGUCAUUUAUUCUGUUUAUAUGUAUUAUCAAAAUAUCUCGAAAUUGAUUCACCAUUUUUACAACAAGUUCUUCAUGAACCUUGGAAAUUAUCUACUAGUCAAACUCCAGCAAAUUAUGAUGAUCAACGUUUGAAAUAUUUAGUAAAGAAAAAUCCAGAUCUCGCUAAAAAAUAUGGAAUUGUUGAUAAUCGAAGUUUGGCAUCGAUUGGUGGUGGUUUUGGGCCCGUAGCUGCUGAUGGUUAUGGUGUCAGUUACAUUAUUGCAUCUGAAGACUUGAUCUUUUUCCAUAUAUCAUCGAAUAAAUCUUCAUCAGAAACAGAUUCAAAACGAUUCGGUCAACGUAUUCGUCAAGCCAUGCAAGAUAUGCGAACAUUACUCACAGCCGACUAA